AUGGCCCACGGUGCGGCAAUAUCCUUUUAUGCUAGACUUGUGAUGACGAUGCUGGGGAAAGAAAGAAAAAGAAAGAAAGAAACGCUCUGCGAUCGUCCGGCCCGCAGUGCGACCGAGUCAUUUAGGGAAAUUUGGUCAAUGCUUCUCUUCUAUCAGUCGAUUUUAAUCCCCUGUAACCCUGAACAGUCCUGCAUCCGACCGCUGAUAGCAAACCACGAACCAGUGGCGCUGCUGCCCAUCGAUGGAAAUGUCGCCGGUUUCCUCUGGGGUGAGAGCAUGGAAAUGAUUGGCUUUGUCAAGGACAAUCUCAAACUCCUCGCCUCGCCUCCUCUCGGCCCUCUCUCUCGCGUCUGCACAGAGUUAUCAAUUCUUCUUACCAACGACUAG